CAAAAAGCUAUAUUAUUUAUUCUCCACGAUUUGGUUAGCGAAGGUUUCCAAUUGUUAUAAAGAUUUGGUUUUGGCAUUUCAGUCUGAGGAUGAAACAGUACAUUAAACUGGACAACCAUUAACAAAAAUUAGCCAGAAAAAAAAACCCCAAAAACAAUCACCUUGAGAGAAUCAAUGUAAAUGAUAGAGACCGUUGUUAAACAAUUCUAAAUUCAUUAGAAAAUCAAACCCCGAAUUUUGUACCUCUGAAGUUAGAUUAUUUCAUUGAUGGUUGAACCACAAAAGAACAUUCUUAACUAAACUUUUUGAAACAAAUAACAACUAACAAAAGAAAAGAAGUAGAAAGAACACACCAGUUUAGUGCCAGUGAUUCCGGAAAGCCCUCAAGAAUAUGAACUCCAACAUUGGCCCAAGUCCUAAUAAAUAUGCAUACCAUCUGAGCAAACACGAUGAACCACCAUGAUGUGUGCAACACAACAGCAGAAGUGGUCCAAUCCCCACUCCAACUUCAAUAUUCCAGAUCGUCACCAUAAUCUUAAUUGCCGCUACAAUCCACUCUGGCUCCUAACCUUAACGUGGGCUAGCAAAACUUUUGCGAUUGAAAAGUUUACAGCAUAGGCAUGUCCUUGCUGCCUCAAAUAAAAGGUAUUGGAUCAUCACCAAUUACAGUUUGUACACCACUACAUACUGUGGAAUUACAGUUUACAUCUUAUCUAAGAUAGAUUCCAUCACAACAAAAAUUCACCUCAUUGAAAUUCCAAACUCAAUUUGUUAGGAUGCGAUCUAAUCCAACAUCACCAGAUUUUGCAAUCAAAUAUGUACAAUUAAUUUUCCAGUCUUUUUUUGACCUUUAUGGUUGAGCUCCUCAAUCCAACCGAAUUCUUAAACCAUACGGAUGAUUGAAACCUGAAAAUUUUUUAAUCUAAAAAUGAUUAUGUUGUAGUAUGACUGCAAUGGGUGUUGAAGAACUAUAUCACUAAGCUUUAUAUAGAGGAUUGUCAGUGGAUGAUAGAUUUGGAGAUAACAGUAGACGAUUCAUAUUAGAAUAGAAUAUUUGGUAACAAAAAAGAUCUGAUAAGAUUUGGCUAACGAAAAACUGAGAUGUUUGUUUUGAGUCUUGAAUUGGUAUUUGUUCUGUCAAUCUGUUUUUUUUAACCGAAUAUAAACUUUUUUUUUCUUUUUAAUAAAUCAAAAAAUGGAGAAAAUUGCUAGUCCUAUGUGGCAAGUGAAAAAUUAUCUAAGUUUUCUUUCUCUGAGUUUUCUAUUAGUAAGUUAUAUAGAUAGAUUUUGUGCAGCUCGAGUUGAUUCUAUUAGAAUAACUGCUAAAUUGAACAGUUUUGAAUUACCAAAUUCAUCUUGACCUAUAUUAUACCCUUGAAGUGCGUUACUAAUUCACUGAAAUUUUUUUAAAUAUGCUUCCGCAGACGACAUCAUCUAAUACUAACCUUAAAUUAUAUCAUAGAGAAUGAAAAAGGGAGGAGAAACUUAUCAAACUUGUCUCGAUCAUGCGCUUCAAGUUUUGGAAAACUUUGAUGACACACUCGACUACAAUCUAUUCCAUUUGAAGACUCCCAUCAAAAUAAUGAGAACGGACUUGAGGUUUUUCAAAAUGCUUUUUUGGGGUUUUCAAUUUUGGGAAGAAGCAGAAUCAAAUUGGUACUUGCGCUUUGCCAUAAGUACUAUGCAACAAAGUUUAAGCCGAGUAGCCACUGAGUUUGUGGAAAAUUUUAUGUAUUUUCUGAAUCAAGAUCAAAUGACAAACUGGGAGGAAAUAAGCUACGAUUUAGAGGAAAAGAUGCAACAUUUUAUGCCACAAGUUAAAGAGAUUUCCACCCUUUUGUUAACUGGGGAUUUUAGAUGCAAAUCUUGCCCACAAAACCAUGGACUUUCUUAUGAAUAUGGGAGAGAAACAAGCACUUUCACUGAUUUUGUUCGAAAAAAUCUAAAAGUUCUACUCCUCUCUAACAUUGAUCUGAAUGCUCUUGGCAAGCGGCAAAUUGCCUUUAUUGAACGGAUUCUCGAGGGGCUUGAAAGGUUCGCUAACCUAGUCAAUCAUUCUAGAACUGAAGUCAAGAAACCGCGUGAUUUCUUGAUGAUAACCCAAGCUCGAACUUGGGCAAAUCGCAUUUCAUCUCUUGCUCUCCAAUAUUGGAUUGAAGGAAGAAGUAAAAGUAUUGCUUCCACUCUAGGGACUACAUUCUCUGACACACUGCAAAAAACUGUGCUCUACACUCUAGGUGUCUUGGCAUCACACAAUGAAGGUAAAGUCAUCCAUCAACUGCGCACAAAUUAUUUUCAUCUUCUUCUUGAAGAUGUGGCCAUACUUCCCAAAGUCGAAGUUGAAAUUCUUCUUGAAGGCUUGACCUUCUUGUCAUCAUUUAAUGUGGACCCAGCUGAGGGUGAUUCAGAGGAAAUGCAACUAAUUGUGGUACAAAUUAAUGCCUUGAUUAAUGAGCUGCCAUCAUUCAUUUGCUUUAUCCAUUUUGAUGAAAUGGAAAUUUCUGAAGGCAAAAUGUUUGGUUUCUUCCAAAAGAUCAAUUGGUUAAAGGUUAAGAUAAGAGAGCUUUUUGUUAGGACUACAUCAUCACAACUAAAUUCUCCCAAAACUUAUCCAAUUGGAUUUCUUGAUUCGUUGUUACAGAAAUUGAAGGAAAUGUUGGAAGGGAAAGAUAGGUUUAUUUCCUCAGUAAAGCAUCAAAUUGAAACUAUCCAUAAAGAUUUGGUCUUGCUUAGUACAGUUGCCCUAGAUAAUAUUGGAAUGCUAAAUGAAGACGCAGAGUUUCAGGAUCUUUGGGCUCAAACUGUGGACUUAGUUUAUCAUGCAUCGUAUGUGAUCAGGUUGUGUCAUGUCAAUAGUUUCUGUACAUGGUACGGAAUUGCGGACCUCCCAAAUGUUGUAGAAAGCAUAAAGCUUCUUAAGGUUGAGUUUCAAAGGAUUCGAGAUCAUGAGAGGAAACAAAUUAGAACUCUUGAUGAUAGUGUGGACUUUGGUAAGGCACCACAACCUACCACUUCUAAUAUAGAAGGAGUUUUUGUAGGCUUCAAAGAGGAUGUAAAUUCAGUAACUAAUUAUCUUAUCAGAGGGCGAAAACUUCUCACACUUAUUUCCAUUUCUGGAUUACCGGGUCAAGGAAAGACAACCUUAGCUAAGAGAAUUUAUAAUGACCCAAAAAUUCAAUAUCACUUCCACAAUAGUGUGUGGUGCUAUGUCUCCAAACAAUGUAAAGCCAAAGAGCUAUUGAAAAAAAUUGGAGUUGAUCUUAUUGGCCCUGAAGCCGUUGAUCUCGAAUUCGAUGACCUAGCUAACCGUUUGAGGAAACGUUUCAAGCAAAAAAGAUAUCUGGUGGUGAUGGAUGACGUGUGGGAUGUGUCCGUGUGGAAUCAAGUGCGGAUGUCAUUUCCAGAUGACAACAAUGGAAGUCGAAUCUUAUUUACUUGUCGCAAUGAUGGUUUGGCUUCACAAGCUGAAUUGAACUUCAUUUCGCAUCCUCUUAGGCCCUUUAGUGAGAAAGAGAGUUGGGAAUUGAUGAAAGAGAAGCUAUUCUUCAAUUCCAGUGAAACUCCACCCAUAUUUUUGAAUAUUGCAAAACAAAUCGCAAGUCAUUGCAAAGGAAUACCUCUUGCGAUUGCACUGGUGUCUUCUUUGCUCCAAAAGACACAGCAAAAACCCGAACUUUGGAACAAAAUUGCUGAAAAUUUGAAAUCGCACCUUGCAAGCGAAGGUUGUGGAAACAUAAUCGAGCUUAGUUACAAAUAUUUACAAGAUCAUUUGAAACCUUGCUUUCUUUAUUUUGGAGCAUUUCCAAGGGGAGAAAAUGUUUGUGCUAGUAAAUUAAAACGCCUUUGGAUCGCUGAAAAGUUUAUUAAGAAUGACAAGAUGCAAGGCUCAGACUCGGAGGAUUUGGCAAACCAAUAUUUAGAUGAUCUUGUUUCUCAAAACUUAGUUGUUGUAAGUGAAAGAAGUUCCAUGGGCAGGGUAAAAUCAUGCAACAUUCAUGACUUGGUAUAUGACUUGUGUUUAGAGAAAUCCAGAGAAGAGGAUUUCUUGAAUUGGGCAGAAGAGAGUCUUUUUGUAAAUCAACCCCAUACUAAGCCACAAAAGUAUAUCCACCAUAGACUUUGCAUUGGUAAAACCGACCCUUUCGUCAAGUCAAGUCCAGUUUGUACUAGCAAGGAGUUACCCACAAGUAAAGUCCACUCUUGUUUGUGGUUUGAAGUUGAUGAUUCACAUUGGGUUAUGACAAUUAAAAGCAUAUCCCCGUUUUUAAAUAGCUUUAAAGUUAUCUCGGUGUUGGAUUUGGAAGGAAUAAAGUUGCAUUGUGUUAGAUUCCCAGAAAUGAUAUUGUCAAUGAUUCACCUUACAUAUUUGGCAAUAAACGUUAGUCGUUUGAUUGGUGGCAUUCCACCAUCAAUAGCUGACCUGUGGAACUUGGAAACUCUCAUUGUGAGAUCCUUAAGAUUACUUGAUCAUCCAUUGCCAGUUUCUUUGUGGAGCAUAAAAUGUUUAAGGCAUGUUGAGAUACAAGGUGCUCGUCUUCACUUAGAAGACUUUGAGGAGGAUAAUUCAUUUGAUGCAUACACGAUUGAGACCCUUGGAAACCUAAUUCUUGGUCAUGAUCGAAAAAUAGAGGAAUUCUUAAUCAGGUUACCAAGGCUUAGAAAGUUGAAGUGCCUUUUAUUGGAGAAGGAAUACCAUCCCAUGUGGUUUUCAAUAUUUGGAUCUCUUAAGAACUUAGAGUCACUUAGAGUGGAAGGAUGGAAAUAUAUUGGAUGGAAAAAAUUGCCAGCUUUCAACUUUCCAAAUCUCGAGAAUCUUAAGAAGUUAAAUCUGUUUGGGCUACAAUUACCAUGGAGUACCUUGUCAACUGUUGGGAAGCAGUUACCUAAUCUUCAGGUUCUAAAGUUAAUUUACGAUGCAUUUGAAGGGAAAAUGUGGAAUUUGGAAGAUGGAGAUUUCCCACAACUCAGAUAUCUGAAGUUAGAUCGUUUGAAUAUUAUAAAAAUAAGCGUCGCUUGUUGUGAGGAUAAUCCCUUUCCCAGCCUUGAGCAACUUGUCCUUACUCAUUGCGACAAACUGGAGAAGGUCCCAUCAAGGUUUGGGGAAAUUUCCACUUUGAAAACCAUUAAAAUGAUAGGUCCCUUUCACAUCAAAGCCAGAAAAUCCAUAAAGAGAAUUUUGAGAAUCCAAAAAGACAUGGGGAACGACGAUCUUCAAGUAUUUGAUGACGAUUUUGUUGGUGAUGACGAUGAUGUUGCUAAAGAUGAUCAUACAGAAGAAGAAGAAGAAGAAGAAGAAGAAGAAGAAGAAGAAGAAGAAGAAGAAGAAGAUGAAGCUCCGGCUGGACGGUGGUGAUGAAUCUUAGAAUUCAUCCAUUCUUAUCAUCACAAGAGCUGUCUUUUAGUGAAAACAUGACAUAAUGGCCACCCAGCUGAUACGUGCGAACUCUGGCUUGCUGCAACUAUCUCUCAAAUUGCAUUGUUCGAACUUUGGAGACUUCAUGAGGGCUACUAGACCAACUGACCCUUUCCACAAUGGAAGAUAUCAAGCCGCGGAAGAAGAUGACCGUGAGGUUUGUUGCUCCAAUUUAAUUAGGCUAUAAACUUGCAUAUUGCUCUGUAAAGUUACUGCAAAAUAACUCUUCGACUGCUAUAUAACUUGGGCAUCAAUGUUCUGAUCUCACCAAAAAUGUGACGAUCUUGAAGAGAUUAGUCCUUCUAGCAUUGAAGAUUUUCUUGUGUCCGUCAAACUUCUUUUUUGGUAAAACGGUAAAGUUUUAUAACUUUAACCUCAAGUAACACUGUACAAGUAUGUGCUGUUUACACUUGUUUUAUCAAUUAAACCUGAUUCCUAAUUGCUGUAAGAAAGACUGCUCCUGCCUUCUUGCAUUUGAAAUUUUAAACCUCAGCUGACACUGCAUCUCCUUCUUCAUUAGCUCAAACCUUGCUUUUGGAUCAAGUUCCUUCAGUCCCACUCUUCUGGAGUUCCUUUCUGUCCAUAUACAGUAAAUAGGUGCAUUCAAACAAGCAUACAGGAUUGAUCUUUUGGUCUUGUUAAACCUCUACAUUGAUCUAAUUGUGCAAGGAUUCAAAGUUUUCAAUGCCCUUCUUAUGUUCAUCCAUUGCCUUAGCUGCUGCAUUAUUUCCUGGGAGUAUUCACAUAUGAAAAACAUGUGAUCAAUGUUGUCCACUCCUUUCCUACAUAAUCCACAUGCAUGAUCAGCUACAACAAGGUGCAUUUGCUCCAAUCUUUGUGCUGUUAAUAAUCUUCCUCUCCAGGCCAACCAGCUGAUAAAGCAGUGUUUUGGCAAGCUCAUAGAGUUCCAAAUAAUGCUUGUUGGUCUGAGUUUUUCCUUCCUGCCUCUGAUCCAAUAACAACCACUCUUAGCUGUAUGGAAUUUACCUCCAUUUCCAAUCCAUUGAUCAUUCUGUACUCCAGUCUUCAACAUAUCUCUGAUAUUCAUCAACUUUUUAACAUGCUAGCUGGAAUCCUGAGGUGGUUGAUACUGCCAUACAUUCUUCCCUUUGAUGUAAUAUUCACGCAUCCAUCUUAUCCACAAACUUUCUUUAUUUCCUGCAAGAUAAAAAAUAUGUUCCCCCAGCAUUGCAAAAUUCCACUGCCUUGGCUCUCUCAAGUUCAGUCCUCCUCCUCUCUUUUUAUAGCACACAUCUUCCCAAGAUACUAGAACCCAACUCUUACCAUUUUGUUUCUUUCCCCACAAAAAACUCUUGCAAAUACUGAUCACCUGUUGCAUCACACUCUGAGGAAUCAUAAAAAUGCUGGCCCAAUAGGCAUUCAAAUUCAGCAACACUGAGUUCACUAGCAAAGUUCUGCCAGCAUAAAACAAGUGUCUGGUUGUCCAACACUUGAUCCUAACUGUGAUUUUCUCUACUGACAAGCCGUCGUCACAACUAGUCAAAUAAAUUCACCUACUUAACAUUAGUAUAACGAAAAAUAGGGUCGCACCCACAGAGAAGGAAUACUAAUUACCAGGUAUAAAUUACUCCUAUUAUUAUCUAGAUAAAUGAUGAUCUCAGAUUUUCAAUUAAAAUAAAACUAAAACUAGAAUCUAUAAUAUGCAAUUACUUUCAAAGGUUGAAACAAUCAAGUUGGGAAAAUCUAGGACAUUGGGUUCAACUACCGAAUAUUUGGUUUCAUUCGACUCAUAAAUAUCUAACCUUUAACUUCCAUUAAUCUCACAACGAUUC